ACCCGUUCUGUUCUUCAUCCCGAGCCGAUCUCUUGUGAGCCUUUUGAUCACGCUUUCGCUCAUCCGCACGAUCUUCUCUCAUUGUUGGAGGUAACGCAGGCCCGAUUUCUUCAUCAUCAAGACCCCGAUCCUUCCGCCUGUCCAGAUCUCCGGUUCCUCUUUCCUCGAAGGUGUUGGAUCACGUUUUGUUCGUGUUUCUUUCUUCUCUUCCUCUCGUUUCUCUUUGGGUUCCUUAAACUCUUUCUUCUCCUCUUUUACCUCUUUAACGGGGGGAUUGGCCGCAACAUCCUUUCGUUCCUUUGGCCCGCCAUUGGCAGGUAGUUUCUCGACAGACUGAGCACGAACCUACAACCGAAAUGCUUGAUAGAUAACAGUGUUGUCUUUAAUGAAAAACGGAUAAAAAAUCAGCAAAGUUUCGAAUUGAAAUCUGCGCACCUUUUUGUGAGGGGGACUGGGUGGCACUUCACCCUCUUCACGUUCAGCUGUUUCUUUUUUCAUCUCCUUCACCACAAUAGGUUCCUCCUUCUUUUCUUUUUCUUUCUUUUCCACUUUUGGUAG